AAUGAGCGAACGGAUAAGGUGAAGCCAAAAAAGGUGAAAGGAAGUGUUUUGGCUGUAAAACGAAUGUCCAAAAAGAAGGCUCGUAAACUGUUAAGGGCUCAUCAACGUGAGCAACGCACCAAAGAGCGUAUUGCAUCCGCAAUGGAAGUGUGA